CCACGCCCGGCCCGAGGGUGACAGCGGGGCGGCCAUCGGGCUCUCCCCCACCCCCACAACUACCCUAGAGAGAGAGAGAGAAGAGAGCCGAGGGGCUUUCUGCGGCGUCGCCAUGUCCUCGGUGUUCGGAAAGCCCCGCGCGGGCCCCGGGACGCACAGCGCGCCCCUCGAGGUCAACCUGGCCAUCCUGGGGCGGCGCGGGGCCGGCAAGUCCGCCCUGACUGUGAAGUUUCUGACCAAGAGGUUUAUCAGCGAAUAUGACCCCAACCUGGAGGAUACCUACAGCUCCGAGGAGACUGUGGACCACCAGCCUGUCCACCUGAGGGUCAUGGAUACAGCAGACCCGGACACCCCCAGGAACUGCGAACGCUACCUGAACUGGGCCCAUGCCUUCCUGGUGGUCUACAGCGUCGACAGCCGCCAGAGCUUUGAGGGCAGCACGAGCUACUUGGAGCUGCUGGCUUUGCACGCCAAGGAGACACAGCGUGGCUACCCUGCCCUGCUACUGGGCAACAAGCUGGACAUGGCCCAAUAUAGGCAGGUCACCAAGGCCGAGGGUGCAGCUUUGGCCGGAAGGUUCGGGUGCCUGUUUUUUGAGGUCUCUGCCUGCCUGGACUUUGAGCACGUGCAGCAUGUCUUCCACGAGGCGGUGCGGGAGGCGCGGCGGGAGCUGGAGAAGAGUCCCCCGGCCCGGCCCCUCUUCAUCUCCGAGGAGAGAGCCGUGUCCCACCAUGGUCCACUCACUGCCCGGCAUGGACUGGCCAGCUGCACCUUCAACACUCUUUCCACUGUCAGCCUGAAGGAGAUGCCCACUGUGGCCCAGGCCAAGCUGGUCACUGUGAAGUCAUCCCGUGCCCAGAGCAAACGCAAGGCACCUACCCUGACCUUACUGAAGGGCUUCAAGAUCUUCUGAGGACCCCUCGGCAGGAACCUCAGAUUCGAGGGCCCAGAGGUGACUUGUUUCCACCCGCCUUUCUCUCUCUGAUGGACCCAAACCCUUGUCAUCUGGUGGACAGAUGACUUCGCCUCCAGCAUCAAGCGGUGUCCCCAACUCUGUUCUUUAUGUGAGCCAGAGGGAUGGGCAGGGAUGCUGGCCUAUUCCCUCCAGGUCUUGGGCUCCAUGGUAACUACUACAUCCAUGACCUUGGAUGGGAAACUGCCACUGUGACAUUGAGAGACUUGGGGUCAGCAAUAAGCAGGAAGAAACCGCAGUGCCCAUCCUGUACCAUAACCCUUGCCUGUUCCAGCUACUGCCAGGCUAGCUGUGGCUCCUUUGGACAGCUUUGGAUAGCCCGCUCAGAGAAUCAGUGUCCCUGUGAAGACUGAGAACAGCCUGUAGGAAGUUGGCCCUGGGUCAUAGCGUCACCUAGUGGAAGGAAAGGGCAUAGCAGCUUUUAGAGAAGCCCCAGGCAACAAACUUUGGAAGCUCACCUAUGGGAAAUCUAAUUGAAAUAACCUACAUGAAAGCCUGGAUAAGGCAUAGAAGUCCAGGUGGGGGUAUUUCCAAGCACUUACCCCUCAGUGUAGGGGACAGAGAGAAGCUGUGGAUUUGCCACUGAAGGGAACCUCCAGCACUUUUUUUCCCCCACCAGCCUCUUGUGUCCACUUUGUUAAAGACCCUCAGACCCACACUUGAGUUUAAUGACAAAGGCUGCAUGACAAAGUCAUUCUCUCCAGUGAAAGUCCUCAGGGAGCCUAUCGCUGGCAGGAUUAGAUGCCAUCUGGUAGGCACCGUUGGCUUGCUUGCCCACUGGCAGAGAUAACACAGUGUAUCUGUAGUCUUAGAAGGACCUGGGACUCUCAGCCACGGGGCUGCAUGCUCAAAGCCAAAGUAUUUUGAGUUUAUAAGGCAGAUAUUUUUGCAUAAAUUAUUUGUGGGUGCUCCUACCACAGCUUCUGCCACAACACUAUUGUUCAGACAUGAGAUCAGGACCCUUCCUGCCUUGGGGGGGUCCACUGUUUGUAGUUGUUUUCUUACUGUCUACCACAAACCCUCAGGAGAUGAGCAGGUAUAGGAAGAGGGCUUUGGAAGAGCCGGGAGGGGAACCUGUUCUUUCCUCUCCCAGCCAGCAACCCUAAGAGUGUGGACUGAAAGGUCUCUAACCCCGUCCCCGGCUCCACUGAAUACGCGGGGAAGCUGUGGUUGCGUGUCUCAGCCCCAGGCCUGCUGAGGACAGUGCGCUUUUGCUCCAAGCCACUCUGUGUGUGUGGACCACCGCCCCCUGAACCAACUAUUCCAUUCCAUCUGCCCACUUUGGAAAGCAUUUGAAUAAAAGAGGUGUUUUUUUU